CGUCAUUCCCGUGACCCGUGAUAUCUCGCGGAUAAUACCCACUCGUACUCGCGAGCCGUCAAAACUCGGAAAGGACUGGCACGAACGAAACGUGAAAUCCAGCAAACAUGGCGUGCGGUAAUAGAACGCGACCAAAUAUUUUGGUGACGGGAACUCCUUGCACUGGUAAAUCUGUGUUAGCGAACGAGAUAGCAGAAAGAACGGGACUCAAUCACAUCAAUGUUGGCGACCUGGCAAAACAAAACAAUUUGUUUGAAGGUUGGGAUGAACAGUAUAAUUGCCACGUGCUCGACGAAGACAGAGUAAGUGGAAAUUACUGAAAUUGAAAGAUCGCGAAGAAGUGUUUGGAAUCUUCUUGUACGGGUAAAUAAGGAUACCUUAAGCUUCUUUGCGUGACAUUCUUAGGGACUGUUCAUUUCGAAAGCAGUUUAUUUCGAACAGGUUCAGACAAAAUAUUUUUUUGACAAAACGAGUCCCCAGGCAAAUGGCAUGUAAAUAACUACACAGUACUUGCCCAGUAUAAUGAGCUGCUUGUUCCUCAUAGUGGUAUAAGUCUAGCGACUACACUUAAGCAAAGCUAUUUCACGUAAUUUGGGAGGCAAAACUAACGAAAACAAAAAUACAAACUUUGAUAAUGAAGACAUGACAUUUGACAGGGCGUACCGGCGUAACACAUCGAUCGAAAUCGAUCAUCGGAAAGCUAAUCGAUAAAUCGAUACUACUCGAUAUUACUCGAUAAUAAUCAAUCGAUUAAGCAAAUUAAUCGAUCAAAAUCGAUAAUCACACAAGUUUGAGCAUUUGGUAUCGAUUUCUAUCAAUUUCGUGAAAUUUUCGAAGAUUCCACGAGAAAACAACCGCUCAUAAUCUGCCCCGAGUAAGCCAAUUUGAUCGAAACAAUAGUGUUGAAUAUAUUUACUACAAAGCAAGACUGGCUUAGUGCACCCUGUAUUAACUCUGAUUAACCAUCACUUUCAUCCGCUUUCAUACCUUAACACCGGCUAUUAAACACCGCCGAACAACGGCAACUCUCAGGCGUCAAACUAGCAAACCUCAGCAAACGCAUUUUGUCAGCAGCCAUCAUUUUCGGUUUGAGAUUAAAUUCUUUGACCCACCGACCCAUUCAGCAUUCACCGGCCCAUUCAUUCUGCAUUCAGUAUGCUGCUGAGUAUAUUAGAAAAAUGUGCAAAUAUAGUCAGUCACGGAUAGUCAACAGAACACCUUUAGCCGGCUUUUAGCGUGUUUGUCAAACGAUCGGCGAGAGAGCAAGGCGCGAUAGCUAAGAAAUUAGGGGAGACUGGGGGGCGGGGGGGGGUGCCCGCGGCAUUUUAUCAGAUCCUGUUUUGAACAGCGUUUGUGCCAUUCUCAGCAUUUUUAUCAGUUUGAUAUGAAGUUACUGUUACUGUUACUGUUACUGUUACUGUUGUUUUGUUACUGUUGUUGUUUUACUGUUGUUUUAAAAGAUAUGAAAUACAAUGUAGAUAGUAAUUAACGUCAAUUUUUUAAGGUGAAUCAUUUCUUCAUGUCUUACAGUGUUUACCGUCAAAAAGGAGAAGAAUAUAUAUGUUCAUGUCUUACAGUGUUUUUUUAGUAGUUGUUUCAAAAAGGUUAGGAGAGACAAAUAAAAGAUUGUUCAAACAAACUUCAUUAAAUGAAACGAAAUCGAUCAAAUUUAGCGGAAACCGGUUGUUUAGUCAAUUGAUUAGUAUCGAUGUUUAUCGAUUUUGAUCGAGUAUCGGAUUAUCGAUGUGUUACGCCCUGCAUUUGAUUUAUAAGUUAGUUGUUUAAUUUUUGUAGCAUUGCAGAACUUCGCUUUCCUUUGCAGUGGCAGCACCAUGCCCAAGUGUCAAGUCUUUUUCUCACGAUUCACGGUUUUUGAGGAAAAUCACUAAAAUUGACUUGUAAAUGGGGGAAUGCUAGUGUCUUUUAAGCAAGGUAAUGUUUAAAUUUUCCCAAUUCCCCAAUUAAUCUUCUGUAACCUGUAAGUUUAACUCAUUGGUUGGAUUGGCAAUUGGGUUGUAAUCCAUUUUGGCUUUUCUUUUUACUGAGUUAAAUGCUGAAGCAUGACUAGUUUACUAUCGGAUCAGUCCUGACAUUUAGGUUCGUCUGAAACAGCCGAAAGUGUGUCUAAAACUUGUAUCUUUCUUAAAUACUAUUUACAUAUUUUUAAUUAUUUUAUGGAUUAUAGUUAUAGGUUACAGAAUCAUUCUCUAAAUUUUUACGGUUUAUACAUGUUGGAAAAAUAAAUAAAUAAAUAAAAAAUUGCAUGGAUGCGGAGGCUCUGAAACAAAUUCCUGACUCGUUAUUUGUGACCGGUCACAGUUUUCUCUCUUAAUUUUUAAACAUGUUUAACUAAAUGAAACCUCUGAGACACUCGGGCGGUUAUCCAAAAAGUAAAAUGCAUCAAAGGCUUGGCAACAUAGCAUUGUUGACCCAGGUUUUGCACCUUUUGCUUUGCUCUCUAAUUUCCUGUUGCUUUGCAUCCUCCAAGCUAACAAUGAUAAAUAUUAUCAGAAAAACUGCAAAUGUGGUUAUUUGCAGUCAUCACAAUAUAUUUUCCAGCAGAAAUUAGGGGUUAGGUUCUCGUACUAAUAAUGAUAAUGAUGAUGAUGAUGAUAAUGAUAAUAAUAAUGGUUUAUUUAACAGAUCCAAUCAAUCUAACAGAUCAAAUCAAUUGUUUAUAGUAAAAGGAAUACAACAGUGAUUUUGGGGGAAGGGGGUUGGGGUAAGUAGGGGGAGGGGAUAGAUAUGUCCACUAUGCAAAAAGGGGCCAUUUUAAAUAUAGAAGUGUCUCAACACUUUCAUCCCUGAUUUUAGCAAAAGUUAACCCAGGUUCUCUUGCCCCUCCCACAGGGAUUUGUCUAGCAUGGUAGCAUGUCAGCCACUAGCCAAGACUUCUGAUAUUUUAAGACAAUGUGAUCUCAGACAAGUUGGUCUCAAAUUGCAUAGAUGAAGUUUCCUAUGCCAAAUUUGCUAUUUACAAAGUGCAUAAUUUUCCGUAAGCAGAAGGCACUUUUUGCUGCAUUAUAUGCCCUCCUGGAAUGCCACAUGCAUUCUGAAUUUAUUUUACACUCAAAAGGGCUGACUAGCUGUAUAGCGUGGGACAGUGUGCUGUCCUGCAUCCGUGCGUGGGAUGCAAGUCUAACCAGAUAAUCCCCAGCAUUACUGCACUGUUACUUUUUGUAUUACUUUAAGCUCAUCUUUGGAACUGGUGCCUUAAAAUUUAGUGGUGUAGGGUCUAACAUAACCCAGGCAUAGCAGGGAGAUAUCCAUAGCAACCCUGCAGGCGGUAAACACGCCUGCAGCAGCCAUUAACAGGCACCAUCACACUGAAUCCUGAUCCAGUGAAAAAGACUUACAUGACCAGAUGCUUACCUAUGUGGACACACCCGCCCUGGGGAAAUGAAAGGGUGGGGCAAAAGGAAUCUGCACAAAUUUGCAGAAAAUGACAUAGAAAAGAUUCGCAGUGAUCUGCAGCAAAAGCCAUACUAAGGCAAUAAUGUAAAAAGCCCUUCAACAUAAAGGGGCACCUCUACAGUACAUGUGCCUGAGAGAGUAAAGCUGCUGGUUGCACUGGCUCGAGUUUAACCUUGCCUAAAAUAAAUUAAGCCUUUUACAACUUGAUUAGGAGGAAGUCAGCGUGGUUUCCUAUCAAAGAAAACAACCCUUCACUUCUUUUAGAAGAUUCCGUAAGCAAUUUAUUGGGUUAGGAGCCCAUAGCUUAUGAGCAUUAUUUUUAUUAUCUUUAAUUUGACUUUCAUAGAAUUCUUAAAAUAAUAUUAUUUCAGGUAGUGGAUGAACUGGAAGAUCAGAUGUGUGAAGGUGGAAAUGUUGUGGAUUAUCAUGGAUGUGAUUUUUUCCCAGAGAGAUGGUUUGACAUAGUAUUUGUCCUACGUACAAACAACACAAUUCUUUACAAAAGACUUGAACAACGGUAAAUAUCUAUUCAACUUAACACCAUAUUUCUGAAAGUCUCGUUGUAUUUCUGAUUUCAAUUUUCUUCUUCACCUGUGUACUGCCAAAGUAGCUGAGCCGGCCACCGCGCACAAGUUGCUUGCAUAACACUUUCAUCCAAUAUCAAUAUGAUUGACGUCAAUCUUGUUGAUAUUAAAUUUUAGUCUCCUUUAAAGGUGCUCGGGCUGGAGUCAAGCAACGCUCCCGACUGCUUGACUCUAGCCUGAGCGCGAGCGAAGAAGACUAAUCGAUAUCGCGAAACAUCUUGGUCAAUGCUAACAAGAUAAGAAGAAUAGUCUGGCGAAUUUAAAGGAGCUGUGUCACGGCAGUCCAGUUCAUUUUGUUUAAUUUUGGCAACUACUCGGCCUCAACCGCUAUGGGACUUAAAGUAAGUAAAGAAAUUACAUGUAAAUGACAAAAUCAGAGAUUCAAGACAAACAAAUAUGUCUUCUGGGCAUUAUUUCUGAAGCUACAAACAGCAGAGAUCAACUUUGAAAAACUGUUAGGCUGAACAGUUUUCAAAACCCUAAUUUCAGUCCGUUUCGAUCUUCUUCAGUUUUGCCCAUCCGUGGCAUCUGCUGUAUCUGUUGAGUUAUUUUAACCUUCCUUUAAUGUUUUAAGCGGUUAUUUUUGGGUUUCUCUUAAUUUAACGGACAUUUUGUAAUUACCUAAUUUGUCGGAAUUUUCGUGACACAGCUCCUUUAAGCCUAUCAGAAACAGAGAAAUGUUUUGAGUGAAUAAUAUAUAGAUUUAGCCAGGGCUAAAAGCAAACCCUCGUUAAUACAGUGUAUACUUAUGACUUACUCGAACAGAAAAUAGAAUCACGUGUAAUGUUAAACGGCGACAGCAAUGACAUCGGCCAAAAAAAUCGAUUGGUCUUAGAAACCAAAAAAAAACUUUCCACGUGCAACACACUUUUUUGUACAUUUCUUUGCAGUUAAUUUGCAUGACUACAAUUAGAAAGUUCCUAGCGGCACGUUUUAUGGAGGAAAUAUCGUAUGUGGUCAAAAAAAUUGUGUUGUUUUUUCUUUCAUUGCCGCUCAUUUUCAUUUUCCUUCAGGACUCGAAAUUAACGCUCGCAAACUCGCAAAGUGCGAGUGAUUUUGAUAAUGUGCGAUUGAGAAAAAUAUCCACUAACAAACUUUUGCGAGUUAGAAUCAUCCAUGUCUGUCAGGACAACGACAAAGGAGACCAAAAUAUUAUUUAAUACCUUUUUUUAUUAAACUUUUCAGCUUAUUACAUGUAAUAGACUGUGCGGAAUGUCAGUUCUAAUCUUUAUAUCAGAUAUGGUCACUGACAUUUCAAAGGGAAGAUUUUGCUAGUGGUCUCACCAGUUUACUAGUGGAAAAGAGUCUUACUAGCAAAACUUUACAAGUGCAGUAAAAGGUUAACUUCGAGCCCUGUUCGUGACCGCUAGCAUUUCUCAUUUUCUCAAUGUUCACGUUGUUCUCCCAACGAAGUUCUUGUCCUUUGUUUUUAUCUCUCGCUCUAGCUCAUUCUCUAAUAUCCACGUCAUUGUGGACAUUUUAACAAAUUAAUAGAAAAAAAGGAAUCGGCUUUGUUGUUGCUGUUUUUUUUUCUCUAAAAGUCAGGUGGCUAUGCGAUUUACCGCCAAAACGGGCAGGUGCUUGAAUGCGAAAUUUCACCGAAGCUGACAUGUAGGGGUGGAAGUACGUACGUGUGUACGUGGGGACGGACGGAUGGUCACGUAACUGCCAAAUUUUCUUGCAUUGAUCGAUUUCCAUUUUCUAUCGUAUUGGAGUCUCCGUUGCGCGCGCAAGAGCUCCGCUAAAAAGUACCUUUAUUCUCAUGACCGUUGUGCUUUACAAAUAUUUCAGGGGUUACAGUGGAAAAAAGCUGACUGACAAUGUGGAAUGUGAAAUUAUGCAGACAAUAUUGGAAGAGGCUAGAGAAAGUUACAAAACGGAAAUUGUUCAUGAAUUGCAAAGUGACACCACAGAGGAACUAGAAAAUAAUUUGGACCAGAUAGUAGCAUGGAUUCAGAAGUGGUCUGGAUAGCAGUACUUGGUGAAGGCGCUAUGAAACAGUAUGCAAUGGCACAUUUGCUCAGGGAUUUGCUCUUGAAAUGCUGGCUGCAAGUUUUAUGCCAUGCAUACUCUUGCUGCAUUGGCAUCCUUACAUAUUGUGGUCAAAAUUGUGCUGGAUUUGUUUGACAAGUCGAAAUCGACCCAACUCAACAGUAAAUCUCCACAAAAUGUGGUCUCUUUAGGAGGAACUAGUCAGAGGAGAAACGAAAGAAAACAAAUGUAUCCUUCAAGAGACCUCAGAAUUUCAAAAUUUUGAAAGUUAAUGUUCUGCUUGGAGAGAAUCCAACAUUCCACAGACUGUCAGAUUCUAUAUGACUCCCUUCAAAAGGUGGUGUAUGACUAAUAUGGGGCGUUUUAUGUGACGCACACUUUGAACUCGCUGUAUAUAUUCCAGUGACUGUCUCAUCUUAAACUUUUAGGCUCACAAAGGACCCAAGAGUUUAAAGUUACAAUUCUGUAGUGAGUUAAUGUUAGGAAAGAAAACAGAAAACUUUGUCUCCAAAAGGCUAGACCUUACUAAGCCAAGUGGGUCACACCAUUAUUUGUGCGCCUCGACCGUUCUCGUAUCCAAACCUCUGUUAAGCGACUGGGCACGAAUCCGUAUCGAGAGAGCGUCCUGCGGGCCAAGAGAAGCCCCAAUUCUAUCAUUGGUGCACAAUACACACGGAAUCAGUGAGUUACGAAAAACUCUCGUUUUCAUGGCUAAUAAUGUUCUUAUUCUAAAUUGAGGC